AUGACAAUUCAAGCUAUCGGUCCUUUUUUAUUUUUCUACCAAAACAACGAUUUGAAAGAUAUGGUGCACAUAGUUUUUGUUCCAACAUCAACGAAUGGCUUAAACAAGAAAUCUAAAGGCGCAGAAAUCACAAUUGACUCACUUGGCAAAGUUUUCAUGCCGAUUUCAAUUGUUUUUCAAAGCUUCGAAGAUAUGAAAGCAUUUCAGGCCUACUUCAAUAAAUUAUUUGCGGAAACAAUCCAAUUCUAUGAAAAAUUAACGAUGUAUUCAUUCCAACUUUCAGAACAAAUUGAGGAAAUAUUCGGACCGAAAGAGAUAAAGCCUGUCAUGGCAAUUCUUCAAAUAGUUUCAAAAAGUCACCAUUUUCAAGCUUUAAGACUAGAUAUCAGUGAAUUAAAGCCUUUUACAGAAAAAUUAACGAAUUUAACACUAGUAUACCCUGAAUCGAAGCAUAUAGGUAAAACAACUCCUGCACACUCAUUUGUUAUUACAGAUUUAAAUCAUAUGAAAACGCCGCAUACAUAUCUAUGUAAAAGCAUCCCAGAUAUGAUGAAAUGGGUCCUCGCUAUUUAUAUUACUGCUAACGCUCCGGAAUCUUCUCUUAUUCCGCCAGCACAAAGAUUAGAAAAUAUGUUGAAUCAAAACGCUCCAGCACAACCCGCUGUUGUUAAGUCAGUACCUAAAAUUACUGUUCAAACAACUCAAACGCAGACGAAAAAGCCAGUUCCUCAGGAAACUCCGAAAUCUCAAGAACCUCCAAAACAACCAGAGCCUGCAAAGCCUGCUGUUGCUCCUCCAAAGCCUCCAGAAGAAGUUCCAAAGCCUGCCGAGCCAGAAAAACCGAAAUCUGAAGUCCAAGAAAAUAAAUCCGAACAAAAAACAGAAAAAACAGAACCAACACAACAAGAACAGCCUAAAACAGAAGAAACACCGCAACCAGCUCCUCAACCUGCUCCUCCGAAGCCGAUAUUUCAAAUUACAAUUGAAACUCAGCCUCCUCCACCUCCGAAGAAGGAACAACCGACUCCGAUCAAGAAACCACUGAUAAUUACGGUUAAAGAAGCUGUUUCUCCUACGAAAUCCUCAGUAAAACUGCGAAAACUCAAAAAAGAAGGAGAACAAAACAAACAAGAAGAAAAUGCUGAUAAUGAACAGAAAGUCAACCUCCCUCCAGAAGUUAUAGCUGCAAACUAUCAAAGUAAACCUUUGGACGUCCAAUUAAACGGAUAUCUCGAAACAUACUCCAAGAUCAAGAAGAAAUCGCAACUGCAGCUGAGAAUUAAUACAAUUGAUAAGAGUUUGUUGCCAAAUUCGUUCAAAUACGAUGAGAAAUUUAUUGAAACAGAAUUAGAGAAAAUUUGCGAGAAUUUUGAUAAAAUUGAGCCAAACUAUGACUUGUCAAUACCAAUGGAUACAGUCAAUCCCGAUCAAUUGGUUGAAUCGACCUUAACCAAAUUAUCAGGAAAUCCAACCAUUAAUUUGUCUUCCAUUUUCGACUGGAACAAGUUCGGAAUUCAGUACGAUAUAUAUUUCUCAGAAGCAUCCCCUAAAUGUCCCAUUACGACUCAACUUUCAAUAUGUUCUCAAAAUUUCUAUGCUUCUGGCAACCAAAUCCAGUCGGAUACGCCCGAUGCCUUCAGGUUUGUCUUCUUGGUGGCCUCAAUUUUCUUAAAUGGCCUAAUUGAAGAUUCAUUAGUGGAGCCAAUCAAAGAAUUGGCUUUGCAAACGCCUGAACUGACCUCUCUAGUGCCUAAAUUAUUUAAUAUCUCUGAUGUUAUCAAGCAAGCAACGACCAUGGCCGCGAUAUUAAUUAAUGAUAAAGAUAUCGGCUCUGUUUUACGGUCAAUUCUUCGUAUUGAUAACUGGAGUGAGCAAUACUACAAGAAGACAGCUAUGAUGAGGAACGAAACCUCUUUAGAAGAGGCUUUAAUGUUGAUUGAUUCAAUUGUCAACUCACAAUCAUUCAUUAUCAACCCAGAAGCCAACAUAAUGAGUGAUAUACCUGCUUGUGAUAAGACUAGAUUCAUCGAUACCCCAAUUUUCUCAUAUCUUGACUUUGAUGAAUACAAAACUAAUCCUUCCAAGAUGGCUGAGAGCAUUUUGACGAACGGAAUCCUUCAGAAAAAGAAUUUCCUGCAGCAAUACUACGCACAAGAUCCAUUUGAUUGCAUUUCUGAAGUUGUAGAAAAAUUACAAGAUAAUGAAAUAACGAAUUCCUUCAUUUCUACUGUUAAAAAGAUCCAGGGAACAUCAGUGUUAGACGCAAUGAAGACUUCAAAGGUUUUGGACGCGAUUAAAACAACAAAAUUAUCAACUUUCAUAGAUGAAGGCGUCAAAACCAUGCAAAUGUAUAAAUGGCUAUGUAUUCUUGUUGCAAAUCAUAGUAUUAUUAGUAAUUGGUACGAAGAAGAAGCAAUUCUUUAUGAUUUCUUCAGAGCAAAGUUUGUUAUUUCUCAAAUCUAUCAAUUUGAAAAGGGUGAUUAA